GGAAACGUACAAUCCGAAGUACUUCGGAUUCGUACAAUCCGAAGUACUUCGGAUUCGUUGAAUCCGAAAACCUGUCGCACACUGCCACCUUUUGAGCACCAUUACUCCUCCACCACCAACUCCAUCACCAUUACUCAUCCACCACCAACCCCAUCACCACCCCCCCAUUACAAUCAGAUUCAAAAAACUCCACCACCACCACUCUUCCUCUUCUUCCUCCACGUUUGUUUUCCUCCCCCUCACCACCAUCUCCUUCCAAGUUCCACUUGCUCCACCCUCAACCACCAUCUCCUUCCAAGUUCCACCUUGCUACCAAGUUCCUUCUGUUUGUUACAUGCAGGCUGAAUGACUGAACCGUACCUAUAUGAAGAAGAUUUACUGGUUGAUGCCGCAUGCGAUGCCGCAUGCGGUUCUGGGAAUGUUGAGCCUCCUAGCAAUAUCAUUCCGUGGGUGCCCCCUCGUAUAAGCGUGGACGCCACACAUUUAUUUACAACUGACCAGAUAUUUGAUACUCGUGAUGAGCUUGAACAAUGGGCUAAGAAUGUUGGAAAGGCGAAUGGUUAUGUGCUGGUGAUUGCAAGGUCUGACUAUGCUAUAAGUGGAGGAAAGGUAUUUGUUACUAUUAAGUGUGCAAAGCAUGGUAUUUACAGGCCAUACAAGGACCCGAAUACAUUCAAGUACAAAAAGACCGCAUCACAAAAGACUGAUUGUAAGUUUAAUCUCAAAGGACGACCUACGAAGGGUGAUAGAAUGUGGUGGCUGAAAGUGAUGGAUGGUAAACACAACCAUGAACCAGCUAAAUCACUAGUUGGACACCCCUACGUUGGUCGACUAACAGAGGAAGAGAAGGGGCUUGUGGGCACCAUGACUAGUACUUGGACUCCACCGAGACAAAUACUAGCGGCAUUGAAGGAAAACAAUCCAAGUAACUUGACUACAAUCACUCAAGUUUACAGUUGCAACAAAAGGUUUAAAAAAGAGGAGAGGGGACCAUUGACAGAAAUGCAACAUUUGAUGAAGAAGUUGGUAGAAGCCAAGUAUGUUCACUUUGAAAGGCAACAAGCUGAUUCAAGUGAGAUUAGGGAUCUCUUUUGGGCUCAUCCUGAUGCGGUCAGACUCUUCAACACAUUCCCUCAUGUGGUCAUCAUGGAUUGCACGUACAAGACAAACAGAUAUCAGAUCCCCUUGCUUGAAAUGGUUGGUCUCACUUCUACGGGGUUGACUUUCUCCAUAGCAUUUUGCUACAUAGUUAGGGAGCACACAAUUGACUAUGUUUGGGCCUUGGAGUGCAUGAAGUCUCUUAUUGCCGAUGAUGCCAGAUUACCUCAAGUGAUUGUGACUGACAGAGAUUUGGCUUUACUGAGUGCUGUUAAGCAAUGUCUUCCCAAUUGUACCAAUUUAUUAUGCCGGUUCCACAUAAACAAGAAUGUGGAGGCAAAGUGCAAAGUGUUGAUUGGCACGGAUGAUUUUGCCCUUUCAGUGAUGGAGAACUGGAAAUGCCUGAUUUAUGCUGAAACAGUGGAACAAUUUGAUGAGGAAUGGAAGGAAAUGUGUGUCAUGUGUAAGGACUUCCCAGAUUUCAUAUCCUACAUUUCUACUACAUGGUUAAAGCACAAGGAGAAAUUUGUGAGUGCGUGGACCAAUUCUGUGUUGCAUUUUGGAACUACAACGAGUAACAGGGCUGAAAGUGCACACUCAACCUUGAAGAGGAUGCUGAAAGACGGCAGAGGUGACUUGUGCGCCUCGUGGGAUGCAGUGGAUAGGUUGACCACUGUACGACACAAUGAAAUCAAGGCAUCAUUUGAGCGCAGUAUCAACCUUGUAGAACAUCGUUUCAAGUCGCCCAUGUAUACAAAUAUCAGGGGAUUUGUGUCCAGAAAGGCCAUGCAACUCAUGGAAGAUGAACAGAACAGAGUGAUGCGUGAUGGUUGUGGAUGCGCAUUCCAAGUUACCCAUGGGCUUCCUUGUGCGUGUGCACUUCAUAGUUAUGAUAGAAUUCCGUAUGAGGCAAUCCAUACUUUCUGGAAGAUACUUGGUUGGGACCAUGUACCCAUUGGGAGUCAAGCCUCAAACCAAGGAGACCUCAAGUCAGAGAUUGAUGGCUUGACCGCUUAUUUCAACACUUUGGAUGUUGCGGGCCAAAGUAUGCUAAGGAGGAAGGUAAAAGAGCUAUAUUGUCCUUCUAGUAGUUCACUGUGUCCUCCUCAAGUGAAGAUAAAGCCCAAGCGCUCGUCCAAGGCUAUGGAGAGUAAACCACCUAGUCAACAAAAACCAUCCUUACAACGUGAUCCUUGUUAUUGGGAACAUGUUAACAAUAGCCUCAAGCCAACACCUAACAAAGUCUCUUGUCCUCGAAGCAAGAAGUCUAAGAAGAGCAAGCAGUCCUCCACCAGCAUAUACUUGGAUGAUUUGCCAUCUUUCUUCCAUCAAUAUAUAGAAAAAGUCAUAGAUGUUAUUGCAGAUGGUAAUUGUGGUUAUAGAUCAGUUGCUGCAUUGUUCAGACCCGACAUAGGUCAAGACGGUUGGGCUUUGAUUAGGGAAGAGUUGCUUGUAGAACUCUCAAAGAAUACCGCUUACUAUAGCAACAUAUUUGGUUAUGAGAGGGUUCAGUCUCUACAAAAUCGUCUCAUCCUUCCGAUUGGUACAAUUGCAACGGAAGACAAGUGGAUGUCUCUACCGGAGAUGGGGUACCUCAUUGCUACGAGGUUGCAAGUUGUCUUCAUCUCCAUUUCACUAAAAGGUUGUUACACUUAUCUGCCAUUGAGAGGAGGCGCCCCACCGGAAGUACAUCCCGUUAUAGCAGUUGGUCACGUCACCAACCACUUUGUUCAGCUAAAGCUUAAGCCGGGACAUCCUAUGCCAACAAUAGCUCCCCAAUGGCCGUUUUUGGCCAAAGAACCCACCGACCAAUGGAUCUUCCCGUAUGCGGCGCGUUUGGCUACAUUUACGGCAGAAUUGAAUGCUUGGAUUGAUCCUACGGGUGGUCCUCAAGAGAAUGUCUUUAUAGACCUUGGAGAAGAUUGAGACUAGGAUUGAUGUUUGUAGCAAUGACAUAUGUACAACUAAUUAGAAGUUCAAAGUAUUAUGAUGUAGUAUUAAACUAUUUCUCAUGUGCAUUUUAUCUGUUUCUGCCCUGCAAUGUAGCUGGUUAUGAGAACUUGUGAUUCUGCCUGCAUUGUUUCUGGUACUGUCAUUUUAACUGGUUAAGCAAAUUUCGGAACUUUGGUUUCCGAAGUACUUCGGAACUACGGAGUCCGAAAUCUUUCGGACGACUCCUUUCCAUUUCCGUGUCAUAUACUUAAAUUUGGCACCCCCAAGUUUAAACAAUCUUCGACAUUUAGGUUUCCGAGACAGUUCGGAUUUAUAGGAUCCGAACAACUUCGGAAUCUGGGGAUCCGAACGUUAAUUUUUUUUCUCAUUUUAAUUUUAAGUCUCUCCAUCACUAUCCACAACCAACCACAACCAACCUCAUUACUC